AUGGAUGAGGCAAAGCCUCAGUAUGCGGCGACACCCUCGCCGGAUGUCGAAGAGCAUAUGAGCAUUGGUCGCUACUUCUCCACUCGUAUUUCCUCUCUCGUGCCUCCCAUGAACCCCGCCCCCAACCCGUUCAAGGCUCUAACACUGCUCAACACGACUCAGUGGCUCAAUUUCACAGUCGCCUUUCUAGGCUGGUCUUGGGAUGCAUUCGACUUUUUUACCGUCUCACUGACUACUGCCGAGCUUGCCAAAACAUUCGACAAAUCCGUAACCGACAUCACAUGGGGUAUCACUCUAGUGCUGAUGCUACGAUCCGUCGGCGCCAUCACCUUCGGAAUCGCUUCUGAUAGAUGGGGCCGUAAAUGGCCCUUCAUCGUCAACCAGAUGCUUUUCGUGGUCCUCGAGCUCGGCGCUGGUUUCUGCCAAACUUAUAAACAGUUCUUGGCUUGUCGCGCUUUGUUCGGAAUCGCCAUGGGUGGCUUGUACGGCAAUGCGGCUGCUACCGCCCUGGAGGAUUGUCCACCUGAAGCCCGCGGUAUCAUUUCGGGACUCUUGCAGCAAGGCUACGCUUUUGGAUAUCUGCUCGCCACGGCUUUCGCUAGAGCUCUUGUCGAUACGACCCCGCAUGGUUGGCGGCCACUGUACUGGUUUGCAGCUUGCCCACCAGUCUUGAUUAUUAUCUUUCGAUUGUUCCUAGGUGAAACCGAGACUUUCCGUCGACGUCAAGAAGCAAGACAGGAAAUGCGCGGAGGUGUUGCGGCAUCCUUUGUAUCAGAAGGAAAGGUCGCACUGAAGCGCCAUUGGCUGAUACUCGUAUACCUGGUUCUGCUGAUGUCUGGGUUUAAUUUUAUGUCGCACGGAUCUCAGGAUCUGUACCCGACGAUGCUGGAGAACCAAUUCAAAUUCUCCAAAAACGCAGUCACUGUCACACAAGUCGUUGCCAACCUAGGCGCUUUGUCAGGUGGCGUGCUAUGCGGGUGGGCCAGUCAGAUCUUCGGUCGUCGGUUCUCCAUCAUCGUCAUCUCCAUCGUCGGUGGCGCCCUUCUCUACCCUUACACAUUUGUCGAGAACAAGAAUGUUAUUGCUGCAGCCUACUUUGAGCAGUUCAUGGUCCAGGGUGCAUGGGGUGUCAUCCCCAUUCACCUGAUGGAGCUAUCGCCAGGACCCAUCCGUACCUUUGCUGUUGGCACCGCCUACCAACUCGGAAAUUUGGUCUCCUCCGCUAGCUCGACCAUCGAAUCAACUAUCGGUGAACGCUUCCCGCUGCCUCCAACUAAGAAAGCUCCCCACCGUUAUGAAUACGGCAAGGUUAUCUGCAUCUUCAUGGGCUGUGUCUUUGCCUAUGUCAUUAUCAUUACACUUGCUGGGCCGGAGCGUUUGGGUCGUAACUUCGACGCGGAGCAUGACGCGGAUCUCCAGGAGGUUGCUGCUCACCGUGGCCUCAGCGCCAAGGAUGACUUGGGGGAAGAUCCCGAGAAGGCUAGGAGUCCAAUCGUAGCUUAG